CAGUCUAUAGUGUCAAAUGUACAGUACUAACUCGUUAAUACGCCUAAACUCGUCUCUUCGCCAAGAAUAUCCAGAAAAAUGAAUUUCGUAGCGUUUGGGCUUAUCUUAAUCUGUUGUCAUGUUUGGGCGAAUGAGAACAACAAUAAUUUUUUAGUUAGAGGGACCUACGGGCAAAGAACACCGUUAAAAGAUUACCUCGAAAAUGAAGUAAGGCGCAUCAUGCAAAAUGGAGACAGUACGUUUGGAAUUCCGGUUCUUGAUCCGCUUAUUGCGGAUAAACUGUCUUCGGGGUUUUGUCAAACGUCAAUGUAACUGGCUUGUCCGCGUAUGAAGUUAAUGACGCUGACUGCAGUAUAUUUACUCUGAUGUUCAGCCUCGAUCUAAACUGGCCA